AUGAACAGAUUUACAACAAUAAAACAAAUCGUUAGUCACUGGACAAAAGAGAAGGAGAAAGAGAAAGGAAAAUACAGAGUGAGAGAGCAAUUAAGAUUUAAGCCAGUUGCCAAUACAGCUAAAACUUUACGAUUGACCAGAGAGGAUUUCGAAAUAGUGAAAGUGAUUGGACGAGGGGCCUUUGGUGAAGUAUGCGUGGUCAAACUGCGCGGUUCCGAAAAAGUAUUCGCCAUGAAGAUCCUGAACAAGUGGGAAAUGUUAAAACGUGCCGAGACUGCUUGUUUUAAGGAGGAAAGGGACGUGCUGGUGUUUGGAGAUCGGCGAUGGAUCACUCAUUUACAUUAUGCAUUUCAAGAUGAAUCGAAUCUAUAUUUGGUUAUGGACUAUUACUGCGGCGGUGAUUUGUUGACGUUAUUAAGUAAAUUCGAGGAUCGUCUUCCAGAGGACAUGGCCAGGUUUUAUAUUGCCGAAAUGGUGUUGGCCAUCGACUCCAUACAUAAGUUGAAAUAUGUACAUAGGGAUAUUAAGCCGGACAAUGUCCUUUUGGAUGCCAACGGGCACAUUAGGUUAGCGGAUUUCGGUAGUUGUUUGAAAUUGAAUGACGACGGUAUGGUGCAAUCGAACGUAGCUGUAGGAACUCCCGAUUAUAUUUCUCCUGAGAUUUUACGGGCAAUGGAAGAUGGUCAAGGGAGGUACGGACCUGAGUGUGAUUGGUGGUCUUUGGGUGUGUGUAUGUAUGAAAUGCUGUUUGGCGAGACGCCAUUCUACGCAGAGAGUCUAGUCGAAACUUACGGUAAGAUAAUGAACCACAAAAAUUGCUUCGAUUUCGCGAUGGACGUGGACGUCACCGACGCCGCUAAGGAUCUCAUCAAGCGAUUGAUUUGCAGUCAGGAAUUUAGGUUAGGUCAAAACGGUAUUGAGGAUUUCAAGAAUCAUCCAUGGUUUGAAGGAGUGGAUUGGGAAGGUAUCAGAGACAGCAACGCUCCGUAUAUACCUGAAGUAUCCAGUCCGACGGAUACUUCAAAUUUCGACGUAGACGACGCAGAUAUUCGCCUGUCGGACGCUCUUCCGCCUACUGCCAAUAGCGCCUUUACUGGUUUGCAUUUACCAUUUAUUGGGUUUACAUUUACGCAAGGGAGCUACAUAUGUGAUUUAAGUAAUCUAUAUGCCUGUAUAACUUCAGCUGCAGCCAAUAUAACAGAAAAGCAAAAUCAAAAAAACGAUAUAAUGUCGAUAGCUCAGGCGGCUAACCAACAAAAUCAGCGACAACCGGAAAAAGACGUGGAAAAACAACGAACAUCGCCGGACGGCACUAGAAAAUUACAAGACGAAAUCAAUAUGUUGACCAAAAGGAAUUGCGAGCUGGAAUCGCAACUCAGAAGUUUGGAAACUUCAGAUUCACUUGAUGGCGGAGAUAAUGUGAGAUUACGUGAAUUAGAAAAGGUAAUAAAGGCAUUGAAACAAGAAAAAGAAGAAUCGAGCAAAGAAAAGCAGGACCUUCAAGAAAAGCUGAAAUUCCAAGAUAAGGAAUUAAAAGAUGCAGUUGCUCAGAAAAAACUAGCCAUGACUGAAUAUGCUGAAGUCACGGACAAGCUUGCCGAACUGAGAGCGCAGAAACAAAAAAUGUCUAGACAAGUUCGCGAUAAAGAAGAAGAAUUAGAUACUGUGAUGCAAAAAGUCGAUUCGCUUCGAAACGACAUUCGGAGAGCUGAAAAAUUGAGGAGGGAAUUGGAAUCGAGAGUGGAAGAGGCGCAAGCCGAGGCGGGUAAAGAACGAAAACUGAGGGAAAGAUCGGAAGAAUAUUGCAGGCAAAUGCAGGCGGAGUCUGACAGAUUGAGAGUACAAUACAAUGAAAGCCUCACUCAACAACAGUCGCGCUAUAAUUUGGAACUGACGUCGCUUAGGGAACAGCUCCAAGAAGCGGAGUCACAUCGAGAUCUUCUUGAAAGAGAGCUCCAAUCUCUAAAAGAGAAAUGGGAAAAGUCUAAGCUAGAAGCCAUUGCCGAUACGGAACAAACAAUAGCGGAAUUAAAUAGGAGGCACGAACGGGAUAAGCAAAUGUUAGGCGAGGAAAACAAAAAACUUUUCUCGAAUGUUCAGUUUCUCACGGAAUCAAUGAACAGGCUGCAAUCGGAACGCGCCAACCUCGAGACAGAAUACGAGGUUUUGCGGACAAAGCAAGACGCUCUCGGCCAAUGGGAAUCUCAACUGUCCGAAAUUAUUCAGUGGGUGAGCGACGAGAAAGACGCUAGGGCCUACUUGCAAGCGCUAGCCACCAAAAUGACUGAAGAAUUGGACUAUCUCAAACACGCAGGUCCGGACAAAAACUGGAGGAACAGGAGGUCUCAGAAGCUGGACAAAAUGGAGCUGCUCAAUUUACAAAGUUCGUUACAAAGCGAAAUUCAGGCUAAACAAGCAAUAAGCGAAGAUUUAAGUAAAACAAGGGAAGCUCUUUUAGGAGCCCAAAAGGAUCUUCGUGAAUACAGACAACGAAACGAAGCCUUAGUAAUCGAUCUAAAACGAAAAGAGAAACAAAUUAAGGAUUUUCAGAACCGGUUAGAUUCGGAUGGAUAAAACUGGCAAAAGGAUAAUUGUGGAAAUUUUUCAGAAAAAAGAGGAAAGUGA